AUGUUUACCGGUAUCGUCGAAGCAAUUGGAGAAGUCAAAGAGUAUCUUUCCUCGGAUAUAUCGGAAGCAGGCGGAAAUGGUGCCUCGGUGACCAUCAAAAAUGCUGAUUCCAUAUUAGGAGAUUGUCACCUUGGAGACUCGAUCGCCAUCAAUGGCACAUGUCUUACGGUUACGAGGUUCGACAGCGAUACGUUUAAGGUUGGUAUCUCGGACGAAACCUUGAGAAGGACUAAUCUAGGUCUUUUAAGUCGCGGAGAUAAAGUGAACUUAGAAAGAGCCAUUUCUGGAAACGUGAGGUUCGGUGGUCAUAUGGUUCAGGGCCAUAUAGACACUGUUGCCAAGAUAGUGGACAGACAAGCCGAUGGAAAUUCGAUAUCCUUCCAAUUCCAAUUGAGAGAUAGAGAGUUCAUCAAUUAUAUUGUCCUUAAAGGAUUUAUCGCUGUCGAUGGAACCAGUUUGACAGUUACUGACGUUGAUUAUAGAGAAGCCGCUUUCAAGAUCAUGAUGGUAGCUUACACACAGAACAAAGUGGUUCUCCCCAAAAAGAGACUUGGCGAUUUGGUAAAUGUCGAGGUUGAUCUUACUGGCAAGUUGAUUGCUCGCCAGGUUGAGUUACAACUUGAAGGACAAGCUUUCAAUAAGAACUCCACCUUGUACAAGUUGGUCAGUAAGAUAGUGGACCAGAAGUUGGCCAAUUAA